GGAGCUGGUUGACAAGGAUUGCCGUGCAAGGACUCAGGUAGAGCAGCUGCCCGGAGCUGCACAUCUGCCAGGCGAAGCGUCUCUCCGCGGGCCGCCCUCGCUCUCCUCGCUCUCUAGGUGCUCGCCGCCGCCAUGUGGGGCGCGCUGAGGUUAGCUCUGCGGCCCUGUGUUCGGGCCGCUGUCUCCCGGUCGCGCGCCUAUCACGGGGACUCGGUGGCCCGACUAGGCACCCAGCCUGACUCGGGCUCCUCCACCUACCAGGAGAACUAUGAGCAGAUGAAAGAUCUAGUGAGUCAACUUCAUGAACGAGCCCAGUAUAUAAGACUAGGAGGCAGCGAGAAAGCCCGGGCCCGGCACACGUCAAGAGGGAAGCUGUUACCCAGAGACAGAAUCGACAAUCUCAUAGACCCAGGGUCUCCCUUUCUGGAAUUCUCCCAGUUUGCAGGUUACCAGUUAUAUGGUGACGAGGAAGUCCCUGCAGGUGGCAUCAUUACGGGCAUUGGACGAGUGUCAGGAGUAGAGUGCAUGAUCGUGGCCAACGAUGCCACUGUCAAAGGAGGUACCUACUACCCAGUGACGGUGAAGAAGCACUUACGGGCCCAAGAGAUCGCCCUGCAGAACAGGCUCCCGUGCAUCUAUCUGGUUGACUCAGGAGGGGCCAACUUACCUCGGCAAGCAGACACCUUUCCAGAUCGAGACCACUUUGGCCGCAUAUUCUAUAAUCAGGCAGUUAUGUCUUCUAAAAAUAUCACACAGAUAGCUGUGGUCAUGGGCUCCUGCACAGCGGGAGGUGCAUAUGUGCCUGCCAUGGCGGAUGAAAACAUUAUCGUCCAGAAGCAGGGUACUAUCUUCUUAGGUGGACCACCCUUGGUGAAGGCAGCUACUGGAGAGGAGGUGUCUGCUGAGGAUCUUGGAGGUGCUGACCUUCACUGCAGGAAGUCUGGCGUCACUGACCACUACGCUCUGGAUGACCACCAUGCCCUCCACCUAACAAGGAAGGUUGUGAGGAGUCUCAAUUAUCAGAAGAAACUGGACGUUACCGUCGAGCCUUCUGAGGAGCCUUUGUUCCCAGCCGAUGAAUUGUACGGGAUAGUCGGUGCGAACCUUAAGAGAAGCUUUGAUGUCCGGGAGGUCAUUGCUAGAAUUGUGGAUGGAAGCAGAUUCAAUGAGUUCAAGGCGUUAUACGGAGACACACUAGUUACAGGAUUUGCACGAAUAUUUGGAUACCCCGUCGGCAUCAUUGGAAACAAUGGAGUUUUGUUUUCAGAAUCUGCAAAAAAGGGCGCUCACUUUGUCCAGCUGUGCUGCCAGAGAAAUAUCCCCCUGCUGUUCCUGCAGAACAUCACCGGAUUCAUGGUUGGUAGAGACUAUGAAGCUGAAGGGAUUGCUAAAGAUGGUGCCAAGAUGGUGGCUGCUGUAGCCUGUGCCAAAGUGCCUAAGAUCACUGUCAUUAUUGGGGGAUCCUAUGGGGCCGGAAACUACGGCAUGUGUGGCAGAGCAUACAGCCCAAGAUUUCUCUACAUGUGGCCAAAUGCACGUAUCUCGGUGAUGGGCGGAGAGCAGGCAGCCACCGUGCUAGCCACCGUGGCAAAAGACCAGAAGGCACGGGAGGGAAAGCAGUUCUCCAGUGCUGAGGAGGCAGCUUUGAAAGAACCUAUCAUUAAAAGGUUUGAAGAGGAAGGAAACCCUUACUACUCCAGUGCGAGGGUGUGGGAUGAUGGGAUUAUCGAUCCUGUGGACACCAGGCUGGUUCUGGGACUUAGCAUCAGUGCAGCCCUCAAUGCGCCCAUUCAGAAGACUGACUUCGGCAUCUUCAGAAUGUAGCCAGGAUACAGAACAUGUUGCCACAUGUACACAUGCCACACGUGCAAAAAUCAACAUGUGUGACUAAGCCUUAAAACUUGGGAUUUACUGGACAUGUAACCGUCACAGGAAUUCUUUUCUUAACAGUAUGUUGCACUUUUUAAUUGUAAAAAUCAGUGAGAAUAUCUUCUUAAUGAGCUUUGACUUUUUAAGAUUUUCCUUGAAGAUAUUUUCCAUGGCUCAUUUUUAUCACCCACGAAAUGAAGAGAGUAAUUUGCAAUUAUCCGCGAGUACCAUAAAUAUGAAAAUAAAACUCUAAUCUAUCUAUUAAAGGGUUUUUGAGAUGAUUAAUAUAAAAUUGUAUUACCCCUGAAGUGGUUGUUCGAUUAAUUACAUUUGAUAUUUCAGCACCCUUGUGUGUAUGUGCACUUGUGUGUGUGUGUGUGUGUGUGUGUUUGUGCUUGUGUGUACAUGUAGCCAUCAAAGACCAACUUUAGGCAUUGUGGCAUUGUUUCUCAGGAGCUAUCCAUACUGUUUUUAAGCUUCAUUUUAUUUUUGUUUAUGUGUAUAUGUUCUAAGUGUGUGUUUUGUGGUAGGAGGACAACAGCACAGGCUGUCCUGGUGCUGCAGUCACAGGGAGCUCUGAACCUCUUAGUGUGGGUGCUGGGGACUGAACUCAGGUCCCCGGGAUGAUGAGCAGCAAGUACUCUUAACCACUGAGCUGCCUCUCCAGCCCCAUGCACCUCGUUCUUUGAGGCAGAUUCUCACUGAGUCUGGAGUUAACUGCUUCAGAGAGGCCGGCUUGCUGGGGAACCCCUGGAUUCCUCCUGUGUCUGCUCCUUGCCACUGCAAGUGUGCCCCACCACACCUGACUUUGUGGGUUCUAGAGGUAAAAUUGGGUUCCUUCCCAUUCUUGCGUGGCAAACACAGUAUGUACUGAGCCAUCUCCUCAGCCUUCAGCACACUCACUCUGAAGAAGCCACCAUCCCAUCUCCGUAGGAGUCAAACUUGCCACUGCAUGUACUCUGGGCUGCUUUCCCCUCCAUUCCGUUCUCCUCUCUGUCAUUUCCAGGCUCUACUGCCCACAACCUUCCCCAAGGUCACCUGACCUCCAUAUUUCCGACACGCUGCAGCUGGUUCUUUUUUCUGCCCUCACCAGAUGAUGGGACUCGGUAGCAUCCUCUUUGCUUGAACACUGCCCUCUGAAAUGCUGUCCUUAGCUUUGAUGGUGUGACCCUGAGUUUCCUACCAACCUCAUUAGCUCCCUCUGUAAGGUGUUUCCCCUUGAGAUCCAUUCUCCCUCACUUUAUCUUGAUUUUCAUUCUUGUGCUAAACUAUUCAAAUAGCACAAGUAUUCUUUUUUAUUAUGAUAAGAUAAAGUGUAUAACUUUGGCUACUUUUCAGUGACUAGUUCGGUGGCAUGAAGUGCCUUUACUGUGCAACCAUUCCCAUCAUCCAUUUCUAGGACCUCAUUGUCGCCAGCUGACUGCCUGUACUGAGUAAACAGUAGUUCCCAUUUCCCUUUCCCCUCAGCUUCCAGCUCAUCUUGUUUUUUUGAAGUGUGUUUUUUUUUUUUUUUAAUUUUAUGUGCAUUGCUGUUUUGUCUGCAUUCAUGUCUGUGUGAAGGUGUGGAUCCUCUGGAACUGGAGUUACAGACAGGUGUGAGCUGCCAUGCAGGUUCUGGGAAUUGAAACCUGUUCCUCUGGAAGAGCAGCCAGUGCAGAGCCAUCUCACCAGCUCUCAUCUUCUCUUUAAACAGAUUUCUCGUGUCCAUGAUUCCUACUGGGCUCUUCCAAUCUCAUGACUUCCAGAUGCUGUCUAGGAACCACCUGCAGUUCUUACCCCACCUUUCCUCCGAGUUCAGAUUUGCACAUACCCAGCAGUGUACUGGGUAUCGAGGGGUGCCGCGUACUCACUGUUAAGUCCUGGGUUUUGCCUCCUUCACUGGCUCUUGGACCAGCCCAAUCGUUUCUGCCCUGCACCACCAUUGGCCUUAGAAGUGGCCCAGCCGCAGCUGGUCCUUAGUCCAGCCUGUCUGCUGUGGAGUGGGAAUGGCCAUCCUCACCAGGCCAUGUAUCCAGGCUGCUCCCUUGUGAAGACUCUGCUGUGGCUGAGAAGGAGCCUGUACUCCAGGGCUACCCAUGAUCCUGCUAAUCACAUUCUGACCUCAUCUUUCAAUCUCCUCAUGGGGGAAUGGCUACCCCAAUUUCAGACAUCCAGUUCUUUGAACCUGCUCAGUCCUUUCCACCUGUGGUUUACAAGGCUCCAUCUGACUGUAUCAUUCUACUCUUAGUUUUUCAGCAUUUAACCAUUUAGCAUAAACUGUUGAUUCUUCCUGAUGUCUGUUACUUUCCCAGGCUAGACUGGCAUUGUACUGUAUGCACUUAUGGAAUAUGAUGUAACUGGGGGUUUCUCUCCUGUCUGCCAGUUCCUGAAUAACCACUCUGAGGCUUAAUAGUAAUUACAAACUGUUUGACCUAUUAGCUCAGGCUUGUUAUUAACUAGCUUUUACAACUUAAAUUAACUCAUUUUUAUUAUUUUAUAUUUUUACCAUGAUUCUCAUGGCUUAUUACCUCACAGAUCUGUUUUUAUCACUGUCCCUUAAAUUCCCGAGGGGACAGCAUCAAAAAGAUUCUGUGUCUGGUGUCCUCAGUAGGAAGGUUGCCUUGGAAUUUAGCACGAGCCGUUCCUAGGGUCACAAAUCAUCUCUCCCAGGUGACUGCUUCUGCUGACUGCUGUCAGUUUCCUAUGCAAUCUGCAUCUCUCUCAACAAAGGACCAUCCACUUUCAUCUUGGGUAUCAGCAUCUUCAGAUUUAGGAAGAGAUAUGUGCUCCAGAGACCUACAUCUAGCUGGCAGAAACUGCCAUGCACUCUAGACUUCCAGACAUUUCUGCCUUUCAGAAUCUGAAAUUCCAGGAUGGUGAGUAAACUGUAUUAAGCUUUUUCAAAUUAGUUAAUAAAACAAGUGAAUUUGCAUUCAGAUCAGAAAGCAAAAUGGAUUUCCUGUCAUGGCUGUGUAAUGAUCCCUUGUAAGAGCUGUCAAUAGCAAAGUUUUCUAGAUGUUCAGGGGCAUGUUUGCCCUGGAGGCAUCACUAAACCCACAUCUAAAUGAUACCCUCUCUAAGGGGGAUGGCCAUCCAACUGUGAGGACCUGAGUUUUUUCCCCACAUAGAGCCUGACACAGCAGUGUGCGUCUUCAAUUUUGGUGCUCCUAGUGCUGGAUAGAUGAGAGAUGGAGCCCACAGAAGCCCCUGGACCAGCCAGUCUGGUAUGAGUGAGACUGAACAACAAAAACCUUGUCCCAAACAAGGUGGAAGAUGACAUCCAGGGAUACCUCAGGAUGUCCUCUGACCUCCACGUAUGUGACAUGGCACACACUCAAACUAUAAUGGGUAUAAUUUUUAUCAAAAUAUGUAUUUUAUUUUUGCAUUGUGACUUAUAAAUUUUGGUAAGGGUAUGAGUUGUGUGAAACAUGAAAUACAGAGUUAAUCGGUCUCCAAAUCUGCCUCUCAGUUCUUAGAGAAUAGACGGACUCAAGAUUACCCCCCCCCCCAGUUUCCAAGAACUGUGUUUUCUAAUUAGAAUACGUCUAAAUACAGCAAACUAAUCAUAGCCUGGUGUUCUUUAUAACAGCUCUCUAAAAAUGUUACAAAUGAAGUCCACGUACUAUGUAAUGAUGACAUGUGGGAAAAAAGUCUUUUCCCACAAAGUGCAGUUAGCUCAUCUUUAUUUUAGGGAUCUAGACCAGAACACGGAGGACACAGUGUUUUUCUCUAGUUUUCCCUUUAGGUAAAUGUGCAUUCCAUAUGCCAGCCUCGUGUCAAAGGCAGAGAUGUGAUUCACCAUCCACCUGGCACACUUGGAGAGUGUCAGGACCUUACUAAUCUCACUGGGAACAUGAUCUUGAGACUGGGAUGGGCGGUCACUCUGCAGCUUGUCCUCGCGGAUCAAGUACCGUGACUUCGAGUUAGCUUUGCAUACUUCUCACAAGUCAGUAUCCAGGGGAUCUGCUCUGUAAUUUCAAGAGACUGGGAAUAAAAAAAAAAAAAAAACAACAACAAAAAGUAUCCCCAUGCUAGAGACAGACCCAGGGAAGCUGAUGUUAGGUUUCCAGACUCAGUGGUCAGUGGUCUGGUUUCUGAGGUCUCUCUGUCAUAGAGAGGACCUGAGUCACAGGUUCACACUUAUUUUAAGGGAGAGAAGGGAGUAUCUCUGAGGGAGAGCAAGAGCCUAGGGGGUGAUGAACUCAGAGUGAAGUUGCUUAAGAGAAAGUAAUGCCACGUCCUCCUCUUAUAGUCAGCUGGAGAAGGAAAUCUCAGGGGAGCAUUCAGUGAAAAGGAAGCUCAGAAGAAAAGCAGGUGGCAUUUUGGGGUGCUGAGACCUAAAUAGCAAGAGGUGUCUGUAGGAAAAGUAGUCAACACUUUGAAAUCACAGCUCUGUCAACUACAUUCCCAUAGCUAUAUGAGUAUUAGAAAUAACCAGGUCUAGGGUCUGAAGAGAAAAGUGGUUAAGAACACUCCUUGCUCUUCUAGAGGACCCAAUUGCUUGGCUCACAACCACCUGUGUUUCCAGCCCCAGGGUAUCUGAUGCCCUCUUGUGGCAUCUGAGGGCACCUUCUCACACUGGCAAACUGUCAAACAUACACACACACA